ACUGUACCAAGCCAAAGAUGCACUUGUCAUCGGUUCGCAGUAUAUUCGACCGGCAGGGGUCCGUGUCAUCAUCGUAUUCUACCAACAGUCUCAGUUCGAAUCCGUCGAUGUCUACGAUGCAGAGCGAAGACGAUCUCCAGCAUGAAAAGAUGCGCAACUACGUGCAGCUGUCGGACGAAGAGAUGCUGAAAAGAGCUCGAGCGGCGCAAAUGAGCGAGGACUUUGAUUCACUGGCAGUCGGUCCCGAUGCUAACGGACCUUGGAAACGCAUCAAGGUGGUGGAUCAGUUUGUGAUUUUCCGGCGAGAAAGCGCAUCCGGCAACAACGAGAAAGGAGCGAAUGACUUGGAGACCUUGUGUGCUGGUCGUAUCGACGCCAGUCUCGAGGAGGUGGCGAGUAUCUUCCGAUCCAACUCGGAAGACGAACACAACAACGCCAUGACCGCGCUCUACGCUAAGAACUUCAUCUUUGGGUCCUACGAGCGCGAGGUGCCGUGUUCUCCCUCCCCGACUGGUAACCAAACGCCCGACGAUGAGAAGGUUGCGAGCAACUGCGAGCAACUCGCUGUGAAGACCAAGAGCUUCACGCGGACAACCAUGUUCGCCAACAACGAGCAGUGGUGUUACUUCGACUACUUCCAGCUCAAGAAGGAGCGAGAUGGCUUCACUAUCACCAUGCGUGCGCUGCCUCGCACUGAGUCUACCCCUGGACGCAUCACUGGACGCAACGCUCGAGUGGAUCAACUGCACGGAUUGAACGCCUCGUACCUGGUUAACAAGCUUCCCAACUGCAAAGGUCUGCGCGUGGUUCUCCACGCGUGGUUCGAUCCCCAAGAGCUGAAUCCAGACCGAGCUCGUGCCAGCAGUCAGAACAUGUCCAAUAGCUUUAGUUCUCCGCGUUUGAGCUUUAGCUCGAGUUUCCGCUCGAAAUCCAUGGACUACGACGACAAUUCCAAGCACAAGGCACAACUUCGUCGUUUAUUGGCGCUGGCUCAAGGUCUCACAAAACUACCUGAGCUUAUAAGUCGUCGACGCUUUGGCGUUCAGAUUCCAGUCAACCUCGGCGCCACUUAUGCCAACAAUUCACGCUGUCCGUGUUGCACGCACAGCUUGGCGCCCGUCAAGUUGUCGCUGGCGAUGGCAGCUUCAGCCAUUGCGAAUCGAAGCCUUGCACAUAUCAAGAUGGACACAAGACGCUGCUACUUGUGCGGAUACCUCGUGUGCAUCGACUGCUGGACGGCUCAGCACAUGGAGAGUUGCGCUGGCCGUGUGGCGGCGAUUGUAGUCUGCGUUCGAUGCAACGUAAACGUUCAAGCGUGUGAGUACUCCGAGGUGUUCGCAGGCACAGCGAAAGAACGUGAAAAACACCGUGGCCCCCCUCGCGUAGUGGAGGACAUGAACGAUACUUCAGUAGUCUCGUUACUGGUGGACUUCCUAUCUGCUUCGUUGCUCAACACUACCUCGGGUAGUGCAGAGCACUCCGCUGUGGUGGCUGUGAUCCGGAUGCUCCUCGAAUCCAACGAAAGCGAGCUUGAAGACGAUGAUAACAGUGACGACGACAGUGUCGGUCCUAGUAUCGAGCCGCUAGGUAAUGACGCUAUGAACAACGUCCAGAUGCUACUGAGUGACGAGGAGCACGUGCUGCCGUUAGAUGUGUGCAAGCUGGCCAAUUCAGACCAGCGAGACUACCUCUUGGGCUUACCGGACGACCCCAACACGGACGUGCCUCACUUUCCCGUUCCAAGUAACGAAGCAGCCCGUAUCACAGCCGCGAAGACUACCAGACUCCUUGAGCUGGCCAAUUGUAUCGCACCGGAGGUUCCUCCCGGCGAUGUCAUCGAGGUAAAGCCUGAUACUCACGACCUCGAGGUGUUGUGUCAAUUGGCAGUCAGGACUGUAGGCUUCUCCCACGCCUUUAUAGCCGUCAUGUGUGCCAAGCACGAGCAUUUCUUGGCUGAGAGUCAUCCAGCCAUUGCCGGCACCGUCGCGGCGCGGGAGCACACGACGUGUCAGCACGCGUUGAUGGGUUCGUAUCCGUUCAUGGUCGCACACCACGAAGCGGACGUGCGUCUCCACAACGCGAAGACAACUAAGCUGCUAAAUAUCCGCUCGUACGUCGGCUUCCCACUCACUGUACCUGCUGAAGGCGCCAAACCGGGCGAUGAAGAGGUGACUGUGGGGAUGUUCUGCUGCCUCGAUUCAACGCCUCACAUCGAGAUCACGCGUCGACAAUACGCCACGAUGAAGCGUCUAGCCCGCAUCGCCACAACUUUCUUGCUGAAGAAGGCUCGCCAGCUACACCAACCUAUCGAGGUGCACACGGAUUGCAGCAUGACAUGUAGCCAAGUUAACUACGACUAG